AUGCAACAGCCUCCGGAUCAAGCCCCUCGGAUGCUCUUUCCACUCUCUAAGUUCUCACACACGACCACCCUCAUCAAUCACAGCGGUCCCUUUGUCUGGACCCACGUUAAUGGGAAUGAUGAUCUAUUCUGUGAACUGGAAAAGCACGCUGGUAUUGCAGUGAGCCCACCAAGCUUGAUCAUGAAGGUGGUCCAUAAACGCAGAACUCUGGAACGAAUCGAUCUCGCCCAUUACGUCCGCGGAACCAGAGACCAGGCUCAUGCAUUCCAGAAUGGUUCAUUGCCCAAACCACCCUUUGCUGUUGUGGUGAAACUACCAUGUCUCGCGAUCAAGUAUUUGCAGACUGACACCCAUGUUGGUUCAUUACAUCCAGAGCAUUGUGGAACAUCUUCUGAUGCACCAUCUUUGUGCUCAAUACAGAUACGUCGAUUUCAGAUCAAGUUCGCUCAUGAGUGUGACUACUACACAACCCUAUCCAUGCUCAGCGGUAUUGACUGCCCUUUGACGGAGGGCGCCAUGCAGGCCUUGCAUCGGCCACCCUCUUCCGCAUCUUGGGCGUCAGUACCUACGGUCCACAUGGCAAAUGUCCCCUCACGAGGUACAGGGGCUGUGAUCACACCGGAGAGCAAUGCACCAGUGCCUUUGUAUCCCAUGACACGAACCGUGUCUGGCUUCGAGAAAAUAGUCUCCAAUUCUCCGUCAUCCUCCUCAAACAAUGUUCAUCUUCCUGUCUCCGGUGCUAGCCAGGUUCCAUCGACGUUCCAAGAUACAAGCGCCGGCCCCGAGUCCUUGCCUAGAGAUAGUCCUCGCGCACUUAUAGCACAAGCAGGGAACAAGGGCACCCAGGAGGCCCCAUCACGUCUCUCCACCGCGCCUGUCUACCACGAUCAAGAACUCAACCAGAUGCUACCCCCAAAGCGAGACUUGCCAUUUACAACGCUCAAAUCUAAAAUGUCUCGAGCGGACACGUCCAGUCGAAGGUCCAGCCAGCAGCUUGUCCCCGAAUCCUCAUUUGCAGAGUCCAAUGCGCUUGAUCGACAUGAUUCAUUCAUGUCCAACCCCCCGUCCCAGCAACUGAUCCAGACACAGCCUUAUCCAGAGGAAACCCACUCAACUUACCUAUCUCCACAAUUGCAGGCUACCCAGCCUUAUCCCGAGUCAAACACGACAACACAACAGCCAGUGUCUGGGUCUUCGGUGGCCAUUGAGUCUACUGAGAGUCCCCAGAUCAACAUCUUCAACAACAAGCAGACCACCCAGGUACGGCAUGCAGCACAAUCAAUCCCUGUCUCUGUUGAGGAGCAGUUAUCGCUGUACGUGAACUCGCCAACCCCGGAGCGUGUCACUUUCCUCGAGAACUGGAUGUGUGAGUUGAUUGAAGACGAUAAUUUCAUGACCUUGUGUCAGGAUGUUGAGGGGACGUGGAGGCGUUUCGCAUUUGGAGUGAAGCAAUGA